UAAGGAGAUUGUGGGCCUGAGGAGAAUGAGUGGGUUUGGAUCCGGCGAAAGGCACUUGCAAAGACAGCUAGGCCUAUGCGCCACCCUUAGAGGAAGGACCCCAGAGAGCAGGACGCGCCGGAAGCUGGCGAGUUGAACGACGACGGAGAUGGCGGCUGUGUAACUAACUCGCAGGUGUCACUUCUCAAAGCUGCAUAAGGAUGACUUCCUUGAAAGUGCCAGUCAUUGAUGUCCAGAAUGAUAAUUUCAAGGAGCUUUGGCCAUCCAUGCUCUUGGCCAUCAAAACAUCUAGCUUUAUAGCUAUUGACACGGAGCUUAGUGGGCUUGGAACAAGGAAGAGUUUGUUGAAUCAGUGUAUUGAAGAACGAUACAAAUCUGUUUGCAGUGCUGCCAGAACACGCUCCAUUUUGUCUCUAGGAAUUGCUUGUUUCAAACAUCUUCCUGAUAAGUCAGAGAACACGUACCUCUCCCAGAUCUACAACCUGACCCUGCUCUGUAUGGAGGAUUAUAUCAUUGAACCACAGUCAGUUCAGUUCCUGGUGCAACAUGGCUUUGACUUCAACAAGCAGUAUUCUCAGGGCAUUCCUUAUCACAGAGGCAAUGACAAGGGAAAUGAAAACCACAGCCAGACUGUCCGUACUUUUUUCCUGGAACUGAUCCGAGCCAGGAAGCCCCUCAUUCUGCACAAUGGCCUAAUUGAUUUGGUUUUCCUGUACCAGUGCUUUUAUGCUCACCUUCCUGACAAUUUGGGCACCUUCACUGCUGAUCUUUCAGAGAUGUUCCCAGCUGGCAUCUAUGACACCAAGUAUGCUUCCGAGUUUGAGGCACGUUUUGUGGCUUCAUACCUAGAGUAUGCCUACAAGAAAUGCAAGCGAGAGAACUACAGGUUGAAGAAUUCAGAAAAGCAGCACCUCAGCAUAGAGUUCUGCAACUACCCAGACAGCAUAGCUUCCUACAUCGAUUAUCGCUUCUGUUCCCUGUCAGAUGCCAGCCAAUCUGGGCUUGACCCUGCAAACAAAGUCACCAUCUGUCAGACAUUUUCUGCCUAUGGCUGGUGCCCAGAUGGACUGAAGUGUUCACAGUCUCACAACAUUGACCUAAUAAUUAAUGAAGAUGAGAACCACAGAGAGGACAAGCGGAAGAAAAGGAAGCAGAAGUGGAAGCAUCGAAAGAAUUUUGUAGAACCCUCAAAGGAACCUGCAUCGAGAAGCCCUGAGAAGGAUGUAGAGGCAGCUUGCAAUAUGGAGGACGGUCCCCCAUCCAAGCAGUCCUGUUUAAACAACGUGGUUGCUCCUGCUGUAGAUUCUGCAGGCACAGAAACUGUAUCCAGUAAUGAGGAGAGUUCUAUGGAUGUGGAACGAGACCUAGGCUCUGACACGGCAACUGAUACCAAGAUGGAUGAGGAACAAGCCAGUGCCACAGACAAUGAGGGCAUCACUUUAUCACCAUCCAAAGAUGGGUCACAACAAAGGGCAGCAGGGACUGAAGGAUCAGGACCAAAAGUCCAGAUAGAGUGUGCUUCCGUAGUAACGGCUUUUUCUGGCACCCAGAACCCAGUGGCACCAGUGCCUGGCUGUUCAGAGGGUGGUAUUCACCGGGCUGGCUUUGAUGCCUUCAUGACAGGUUACAUUAUUGCCUACGUCCAUAUGCUCAAAAAUGAUGAACACAAAGACUCAAGUGAAGGGCCUUGGUUGCCGGACUGCCAUAACAAAGUGUACCUCAGUGGGAAGUCUGUCCCCCUUCAGAUAGUGAAAAGUUUGUUUUCUAAAUCGUCCAAAGCUCACAGCCAGAAGAUGAAAUUGGCUUGGGCUAGUAAGUAGAGCUGGGAACCUUCCUACUUGGGACUUUACAUAAGAGCUGUUGAAAACAGCAGCAGCUUCUACCCACAGUCCUCAAACAAAAGCAGCAGACUGUGACUUUAUUUUUAAACAUCUGCACAAUUAAAUUACUCUGUACAGUA